AAAGAUGCCCUCACCGUUCGUCGAAUGGAUUCCCCCUUUUCACCAGCAAGUUGGCAAGAGAAGGACUACUUGGCACCCUGGCGAAACAGUCGUCCAAAUACUUCUCCAACGAAUGAUGCGGCGAGUGAAACAUCGGCUGAGCAUCCCGGAACCUACCAUCGUGCAUCGCCAGCCUCGUCGGUGUGUAGUAGUGUCAGCAUUGCUGGAACCAACUCUUCGAGUCGUCUAGCUACCGCACCGACGGGAAGCCUGAUAGUGUUUCGAGUACAUUCAGCUAUCACGGAUGAUGCCCAGAGCUUGGUGGAGUUUAUUACAAUCCUACUAUCCGAGGGAGCAUUUGAUGAAGAAAAUAGGCUUUCAGGUUCUAGUUCGGUUAUGACCCCUCUAGAGCCAGGGACAUCAAAAAUUGGAGGUAAAGUGACUGCCUUGAAUUCAAUACCCAUUUUGUUUGCUUCAGUCAGUAGGGGUGUAAUUUUAUCUAACCCUCUCACUUUUAAAGAGGACAAAAUGGACAAAAAGCGGUCUUCCACAGGCUUUAAAGUGCAUUUAGCAGAAUCCUCUUUUGACUGGCAAGAUCACCCCGAAAAAGCUCCCUUUGCAGUGUCUAAUCAGCCAACACCUCUACGAAUGUGCACCACAAGUUUCUGCGCCUGGCUACGUGAACUUAACGCUGUUCGACGAGAGGUUAUGCGGGCUCUACUUCUGGGUCCCUUUCUAAUGCUACAUAAUCUCAUGAUGGUACCUGCUGAUAUAGGACUCCUGUCUUCUUUGGUGCAGCGCACUCCAAGUGAAUUUGAAACUACUGCUUCAGUACGUCAUAAACAAGUGUUUCGGCGUAUUCAACUCCCGCUUGACAAACUAUUGCAUGUUCAGAAGGUUACUAAAGCCAGCUUUUCGGAGAUUUCAAUGAGUCUCCUGUCAGGGGCUCUUAGAGCUUACCAGCAGAUGUCAGGUAUGAAGAAACCGCCAGAUUUGUUAGUUCGGACAUGUACUCCCACUCCCAACUUUGAUGUGUGCUGUGAAAGAUUGACUCAGCUAAAUCGUCAGAGAGAUGCCUCUGAAACUGAUAUAGAAUCUCAAGAACCGGAGCAUAAUGAGGCUGUAACAGCUCUUAGUAAUAUUGUCAACGGACCCCCCGCACAUUGUAUCUACACACUGAUGCAAUUGCCACUAAGUGAAGAGGGCAUGAUUCCAAGGCUGUGGAGAGUCCACCAACGCGUUUCAAUGCUUCAUAGAACUGCUGUGGCUGUGACCUUGGAGUGGACUAGAGAUCUUCUACAUCUUCUCCUCCCGCAUUGGUUGGCUUUGAGGGCGGAUAGUCUAUUUCUAGGUGGUGCGUCAAAGUGUAGCGUCACCUUGGCUGAGGUUUCACUGGAAAAUACAGGGAGUGUGGAGGGAUCUAGUAACUCGACUCUGAGAAAACGAUCAAAAUCUGGGUCCAGAAAACAAUCGAAAUUGAAGCUUCAGUCUCGCAGAGGACUAACAAGCCAGAGUUCCACGAAGAUGGAUAUUUCACAAGCCCUACGGCUAGUGAAUCGUCCAAAUUCACUCAAAGAUUCCUCAAAUUCCUCAGUCUACGAAGGGAGUCCUUCCAACGAACGGAAUCUUGAUUUAAUAUACCUCUCAGGUGGUGUUCCAAUUGUUCGAAUUGAAGCCUGGUUGGCCACCCAUCAAGAUGAAUCAUCGAUUGAGGAAUCACUGCCUCCAAAUUCUUCCAGCUCUUCUCUGGCCGAAUAUGGAGGUGAGAAGAAAUCAAUGUGUCGAGAUUUUGCGGUUGUCACUUGUGUCUAUGGCAGUCAUUUGACUGUCGGUGUCACUGCCAAUUGUCAAAUGGAUGGAAAGCCUGGACUUGAUCUCAUUCUUAAUACCAUGCUUAAGCAGUUAAACAUCCUCUAUAGGCUUAUCGAAAGUCGAUUUCCAGCUAAACAGGUGAUCUACGCACCAAGGAGACGCUUCAAUUUGGUCUCGGGAGCGGGAUCGUCUAGUGUUCGAAUGCGAGUUAUUCAGGGAUCUCCAAGAACUCAAAACCGUCCAUCAACUUCCUCGGUGUCUCCUCAGCUCUCUCCCACAAAUAUUCGUGAAUCUCACAACCCCGAUAUAAUGAUUGGAGGGGAAUUGUUUGAGUACAAUGAGAAGCAGUUCUUGAAAUACAAUUUCCCACCGCUAAGCUCGAGCCUGCGAAAGCCUUCGCUACGUAAGACUCAAAAGCGCCAUAGUAACGAGCCUGUAGGUAGUGAAGAAACCCCCAGUGAAGAAUCAAUUCUAACUUCGAAACUCGUUCCCAUUCUUAAAAGUUCCUCCCCUGCGGUUCCUACACAAACUGAAGUUAAUAAGAAGGCGAAAAGACAGCGAACGCGUGAAACCUCCGAGUCCCACGGGAAGUCCAAGCACACGAAGAAGCAACAACGUUUCGGAAUCUCCAAGAAGACGAAGAAGCACCUGCAACCAAAAUUAACUUCACCAACGCCAAGAAGAUCUCAAGUCCGAUUUGUGACUGAAAAUGACUAA